CUUGUUUUCUACGACUAUGCUUUGACGUUUGACCAGGAGGUCCGCAACAUAUGGCGGAUACGAUUCAGUAGCUCAGCGCUUCUGUUCUACGUUGCCCGCUACGCCGCGCUCUUCACCUCAAUCUGGAUCGUGCUGAACGGAACGGUCUGGUCUGGACAGAAUAACCUGGUAUGUUCUUCCUUUUUCCUUAACUGCUAA